UUAUGAUGACAUCCUGGUGAACGGGCUUCCUGAUUGGAGGCAGCCGGUCUUUUACUACAGACGAGUAAGGAAGAUGAGUAACGCUGAGCUGGGCUUCCUCCUCUUUCUCAUCCUUACUGUUGGACACUAUGCCGUGAUCUGGUCCAUUUACCUGGAGAAGCAGCUGGACGAGCUCCUGAGUAAGAAAAAGAAAGAGAAGAAGAAGAAGAUGAGCUCCAAACCUGCAGAGGACCUCAGAGAUCAGGACCGACCUCACUGGCAGGACAUCCUUCCUCUGAAGCUCAGCAUCUGGCUUUACCUGUCCAUCAAAAACCUGCCCCAGACUGUCCAGGAGGUGAAACAGUACUAUGAGGACUACCAGCAGAUGAAGCAGCAGCAGAGAGAAGAAGCUGAAGCUGAACAGGAAGUAGUUAUCAGAGAGAAGAGGCCAAAGGUGAAGAAGCCUAAGGUGGAGUUCCCUGUGUACGAGCCGUCAGAGGAGAACAUUCAGAGUUACUAUCAGACAUCGUCCAUCGAGGAGAUCGAGGACCAGAUGGACGACUGGCUGCAGGAGCGCAGGGCAGGAAAGAAGAAGGCUACAGACUGGACAGAGGACGAGCUCAGCCUCCUAAGCAGGUUGAUGGUCAAAUUUCCUGGAGGAACUCCUGGUCGCUGGGAGAAGAUUGCUCAAGAACUGGGCAGAUCAGUGACUGAUGUAACGACUAAAGUCAAACAGGCCAAGGACAACGUAAGCCACAACUCAGGUCUGGUGAAGCUUUCAGAGCUGAAGGGACCUCUGCUUCAUGUGAGGUCACUUCCUGUGGCUGACAGUGCAAUGACUCAGCGAGACGUUGGAGCCUUUAAUGAGGGGCAGGAGGUCGAGGAGGAGGAGGAGGAGGAGGAGGAGGAGGAUGAUGAUCAAGGAUCAGGGGUCAGGAGGAGGACUAAGAAGUCAGCAGAUGUCGGCGACACGAAGGUCAGAGGUCGUCGUCAGAGAGAUUUUGACCCAGCAGCAGCGUUGGAGGAGGAGCAGGCUGGGCCUCAGGAGAAUAAGGCGAAGGCUGAUCCUGCCGUCUGGACUCAGAACCAACAGAAGCUGCUGGAACUUGCCCUGCAACAGUUCCCCCGAGGAACCACAGAACGUUGGGACCGCAUUGCCAAAGGGGUCCCAGGAAAGACCAAGGAGGAGUGUAUGGUUCGUUAUAAGAUGUUGGCCGAGCUCGUUCAGAAGAGGAAACAGGCCAAAAGCUGAUAAAGUGUCCAGGUGAAUCAUGUGACCUGUCAGCACUCUUUUAUUUUCUGUCCAGGUGAGCUGCCUUCUGAUUGGACUCAAUUACACUUAGUAUUUUUUUAUCAGUGUGACAUGCUGUCUCACCUGCUCAGGUGUGUUUUUAUAACUUGUGUCAAAGGAAGCAGGUAACAAGUCUGAACCCACCUGAUGUGUGACCUCACAACUUCAUGUGCCUUAGCUCCACCCAGCAUGCUGUCAAUCCACUUCUGUUCAACGUAUCAAUAAAAGUAUUUAUUAUCUCCUG